AGUUAUGCUCCGAAAAGAAACACUGAGUUGAAAAAACGAAAAUUUCAAACCUCCGCGAGGUGAGUGAUGAUUAGCUUUACGUACAUGACAGUUGAUUUUGAACAGUAUCCAAGGCCAAGAAACAAUUUUUAAAGAGAGGGAGGGGAGGGUGCAUCAUAUGUGUCUUGCCGGUGACACACUUUGCGAUUUUUUUCACCGAUCGCGACGAACGAGGAUUAAUUCCUUUACGAAAGGAAACUUCAAGGUGGUGCAAGUUCGGGUUGUUGACUAUUUUAUAGAUGGCUUAUCGCAAGGAAUCCUACAAACAUCCUUGGGAAACUAAUUUUUAAGCGACUCCAGAGCUUCUCGAAUUUACAGUGAGAAUACUGAAGCCUCUCAGUGAAUUAAGAAGUUUUUCCUGUUCCACUAAAUCAUUAAAACGGAUUUUGGGAGAUUUAGUGGUCAAUUAUAACAAAAAACGUGGAGGAGACUUGGACCCCCAUAGUAGUAAACGUAUUUUGGGGUCGAAAGAAAUGGUACUCAAUAGCUGUAGGAGCCAAAUCGACCAGCCCACCAAAAAAGCAUUAUGAAUUGGUUGUAAGUUAUAUAUGCUUAUACAUCUUGUUUUAAGAAACGCGACCUAAACGAACAUGAGGAAAAUAGGUAAAGUUAUGCAGCAUCGGCCAGAUAGUUUGUUUUCGUGGUUCGUUUGCGUUUGCGCCUCUUUGUGUCAAGGACUGGACCUUGGUUUUGCAGUUAGCUAUGGAGUGUUGCUUCCUGAAGUUAUGGACGAGUUUGGGGAAAGCCGGCAAAAAACUGGUAAGUUAGCAUGUGUUAUCCUAAAAAUUUCCUCGAAAAUAUGAUAUAAAUGCGUCAUGCAGUUAGAUAGGUUUGCUUAGGAUGAUCCUUGGUAAUGUGGAUUUCAUCCUUGUAAUAACAGAAUUAAGCAAUUCUUUCUCUCAAUAUUCAAUCUGGUCUAGUUUAUUAUCUUUUUUCUCCUUUCGAGCAUAGAGCUUAGGUGUGAAUUUAACAGAGUUCUCAAUUUGUAAUCUGGAAAGCUGUGAAUUUAAGUGGUAACCUUUCGGCCCUCUUUUUCAUCUAUCCUAACUGAUUCAUAAUUGACUGAAAUUCAAUUCCAGUUUGGGUCGGAUCUAUUGCAUUUGGAUUGACCUUUUUCCUCGGUCCGCUGGCGUCGUUUCUCUGUCAAAUGAUUGGAUGUCGCUUCCCUGCCAUGCUUGGAUGUUUUCUGUGUGGUACAAGCUUUUUGCUAACUGCACAUGCGACCAGUCUUCAGUGGAUGUUUUCCACAUAUGGCUGUUUGUAUGGUUUGGGUUCUUCGUUAUUGUUUUCAUCUUACCUUCUCAUAACAGCAAAGAACUUUUGUAAAUGGCGGUUUCUCGCAGUAGGGAUCGUUUCAGUCGGGGGCAGCAUUGGAGUCCUAAUUCUGGGCCCAGUGCUACAGCUCCUGAUAGACAAUGUAGGCUGGAGAGGAACAUACAUGAUGAUGAGUAUACCCUUUUUUGUGAUGGCGCUUAUUUGUGGUGCUACAUUUAGUGAUCCUAUUGUCAAUUUUUCGAGAGCCGAAGCGUCUACCAUAUCUCUGAUGGAAAUAGAUACAUUAAAGAAAGAUACUGAAAUUUCAGUAAUUGAUAGACAUCAAGAGGACGUCAAUUUAAAAACAGAAAGAGAUUACAUUAACGAGGAUUGCUAUAGAGUGGAGCAAAAGCUUAAUAGAACUAGAUCUCUGCAAGCAGUGGUAGUCAAAGCUAGCUACCUAAAGGAUAGGAACAAUAAGAAUCCAAAUAAGACAGGAACAUUACGAAAGCUGCUGGACUUGUCUGUGUUCAAGGUUCCUUCUUACACUGUAGCGAUGAUAAGUCUUCUGUUGAUGAAUUUUGGACAUUAUGUACCUCAGCUAUACCUAGUAAGUAGUCUGCAGUAAUCCCUACCACAGGUAGCCCAAACUAGUCACCCGGCUGCGUUUGAAUUAUGUUCUUAUCACGCGUUUGUAGAAAUGUCGGGAUUUCUGCUAGGAAACGAUUGCAUCAGGAAACUUAAACCCUUCAGGCUUUGGCUAUAAAAAGAUUGCCAACCACGCCCUUCUUAGUCACUGACGUGGUUUUAGGGUCGAUUUAUAGAGAUUUGGGCCGCUCAGAACUCAUCUUCUUUUUCAUUCACUUAGCACGUGAAGUGCCCUAGUAGUUAGCAAUCGACAUGUCAUCUACAUCGGACACAAAGAAACACGCGACUAACGCGAGGUCUGCUGGAUAUUUCUUUAGAGCGAUACCGGGCAUUUGAUACGAUUGAUACUGUCAGAUGCAAGAAUAAAAUUUACGUUUUCCAGAAUUUGUCACUAACUUCUUUUCGAUCUUGGUUCACAGGUAAAACAUUGCCUCGAUCUCGGCAUUUCUGCUGAUUCAGCCUCCCAGCUUUUUAUUCUUCUUGGUUUAUCAUCCUCCGUUGCCCGCGUUAUAACUGGGAGACUGUGACGUUAAGUGGAUAAAUGUGAUUUAUAUUUACCAAUUUGGAGACCUGCUUAUCGGACUUGUUAUCAUUUCCCUCCUAUUGAUAAGAAGCUACACGGGACUUCAAGUUUUUUCCGUUUUUUACGGCGUUGGGGAUGGCAUCUUCACCACAACGAUGAACUCCCUCCUUGUGUUUAGUGUGGACGAGGAGCUCAGAGCAGCUGGAUUGGGCCUGGGUAAUAUGUUAUUGUCAUUGGGGAUAGUAGCCGGGCCUCCGGUUGCAGGUUUGGAAGCCAUUAUUAUUGAAAGAAUAUACUUUAACACUAAAAUCCAAGCUGUACAAUGUCUCCCUUGCUGUAGUUUGUAUAACAUGCAAGCAUCCAUUACGAAUGUAGAAGCUUGGGAGCGCAUGUAUUUGAAAUUAUCCAAGUCUUAUUAUCAUGUUGGAUGAAAAACGCAAUUCCAACUUUUAGCAACUUUAAAAGUUGUCUUAUUGUAACAAUCGGAGUUGCGGACGCUUUCUCGGUAUUUUAAACUUAAAAAUAUCCAUGUUUCUUGCGAAAUGAGACUAAUAUCCUUUAUUGAUAGGUAACGAUUUGGAAAAUUAGUCCCUUUGACGGUCACAAACCCUAUUUAUUUAUCAACGUUUUGUUUCUUUCUCCAGGACUCUUGGUGGAUAUGUCUGAUUGCUACACCUGGGCAUUUUUUAUGGCUGGUAUUGUGACGCAGUUAGCUGGUCUGAUGCCGCUGGUUCUGUUCUUCUUUAAGAAAAAGAAAGACGAUGGCCCUAAGGGAUAUGAAAUCCGAGAAACGCGCUUGUGAUUGAACUCAAUGCUAGAAAUUUUUCCCAUGCGGUGGUUGUCAAAACGUAGGCAGGGAGAGGUAGGAUAAAGCCGAUCUCAAGGAGAAAUUUUCUGUGAAAUGUUGACAUAAUUUGUGAUUAAAUGUGCGUGAAAACCGCGCCCUCUGACUGACAGAGCUUUGUUAUGAAAUCAGGACCUUAGCUUUCGAGCGCCGAAGGUGCGAGCCGCUUGGGGCUUGGGGGGUCUGUUUUGCAAUAUUUUGAAACAUAGAGGCUCAGAAAUAAUCUUUUAAGCAUUUCCCGUGGCAUUUUUCAAUCUUCAAAAUCAAGAAAAGCAAUUGUCAACCUAUGGCCCUGAAAAAUAUGCGCUUGAUUCGAAAAACAAGAUCUUUUGGUAUUUUUGGCCUAAACGUCCGCUGUAACUUAAUCAAGCGUAUCUUAUUUACAAGAUGCAAUGAAUUGCAAGUGAUGGUUAAUAUUUAAUAAUAAGGGAGUACACUUUACUUCGAUUUGUUUUUCCCACCUUCUUUACUUUAACACAAUCGAAGCUGCGUGAGAGCGUCAUGAAAAUAUAGAACAGUGUAGAUGAUAGUGUCAUUAGCUGACAUCAUGCAAGCAACUGGCCUGGAAGAAACGAAUGGUGGUUUGCGACAAAAUGAAAACAAUUAAGGAGACCAAUAUGAUGAAAUAAUUUGUAUACAUUUAUUAUAGAAGGGAAGAAAUGCGCAUAUCGCG